GCGGUAUCGACUGAAGUUUCUGACGACCCUAUGAAGAGAACAAAGACUGUUUACCUGGACAAAGACGGGUCCAUCUUCAAGGUUUUCGAGCCAGGCGCGGUGGUUUCGAUGACAGUCGGCGAGAUUCUGCAGACCGCCAUCGUAGACGAGUUCGUGGACACAGUGUCCAAGCUGUCUCUUGACGAUCACUACGUGCGCGUCGAG